AUGGACGACGAUAUACCAGAGUUGGUCACUGAGCUCGACGAGACUUUUGUCACCAAGCCAGAGUAUUUGGCUACUCAGCAAGACACAACUCAAUAUGAACAGAAACCAUCGAAGGUGAAAAGCAAGUUACCCAUCACGAUCGUGACUGGGUACUUGGGAUCUGGAAAGUCGACCCUACUAGAGAUGAUCGGCCGCAAGUCCAACAAGCGAUUGGCCAUUAUAUUGAAUGAAUUUGGUGACUCUGCUGCCAUUGAAAAGUCGGUCACGAUCAAGGAUUCCGAGAAGAACGAGAGUGUUCAGGAAUGGCUAGAUCUAGGUAAUGGAUGCCUUUGCUGCACCGUCAAGGAUAAUGGUGUGAUGGCGAUCGAGAACCUCAUUGAGAACUCCGGUGACAAGAUUGACUACAUUCUUUUGGAGACUACCGGCAUUGCAGAUCCAGCGCCAAUUGCCGAGAUGUUCUGGUUGGACGAUGCUCUUGCUGCUAGUGUCUACAUUGAUGGAGUGAUCACCGUGGUUGACGCCGCAAACAUAACUCAAUGUCUUGAUGACAUUGGCGGCCACUGGCACAGAGCAAACAAGCAUGUCCUUCAGGACGACGAUGAGGAUGUGAGUCCUGAAAAGAAAGAGCAGGAGAGGAAGAUGUUGGAUGAGGGUAUCAGUACAGCACAUCUUCAGCUAGCCCUCGCUGACACCAUUUUGAUUAACAAGAUUGACACCAUUGAGGGCGAUAAGAGUAAACUAGAGGAGAUUUGCGGUAGGGUCCGUGACAUCAACUCUUCAUCCCCCAUCCAUACAACCUCCUAUGGAGAUAUCGAUUUGGAUAAAAUCUUAGAUCUACAUGCAUUUGAGGCUUCAAGCGAGAAGCUCGCCAAUCUGGUGAGUUUGGCCACCAGCUCGUCUUAUCACGAUGACAGGAUACAGACUCUCACGAUAGACUUUCCAUUUUUCAGUGACAACUCAGGGUUCGAUAAGGUGGAGAAGUAUCUUCAACAUGUACUUUGGGAGAAUGAAGCAAACGGUGUUUCUGUCGAAAUCCACAGAACGAAAGGAGUGUUGGUGUGGAAGGACGACGUUAGAGUUGUUCAAGGCGUUCGGGACACUUACGAGGUGAUUGAAGGCGGCAAAUUGCACGAGAGUAUCAAAAAUAAUAAAAUCGUGUUCAUAGGUAAGGGCCUUGACAAGCAGGCAUUGGAGGACGAGUUGCAUAAAUUUCUAGCACAUAACGCUCAGCUACACAUCGGGCAAAUAGAUAUGUCAGAAGGGCCAGAAAAACCGGAAAAAACGGUCAAGCCUGAGGCUGGUGCCACAGAGGCCCCAAAGAAAAAGUCAUGGUCCAACCCAGCCUUGAGGGCAAUGGGUAUCCCCAGAAUCCUGCUUCCAUCGAGAAACUGGAUGAUCUUCUGGACCGUCUUGGCCGGUGUCACAGGAGGUAUUGCCUACGAUAAGUACCAGCAGAAGCAGGUUCGUAACAAGUAUACUGCUGAAGUUGAGAAGUUGGGCGAGGAGCUCUACAACACCACAAGAGUCCCAAGAAGGCUCACCAUCUUCAUCGCACCUCCACCGAACGAUUUCCUUCAGGAGUCAUUGAAGCAUUUCAGAAAAUACAUCAAGCCUGUUUUGAAUGCCGCUGCUAUUGACUUUACCAUCUUCACUGAGGAGAGACAGGGCGACAUUCGUCAUGAGGUUGCAGACAAGAUUAGACAGUUGAGAAGAGAGAAGCUAGCAGCGAAGAUAAAGGAGGAGGAGAAGAUCAAGCAGGAAGCAUACGACAAGUCAUGGACUAAAUUCUUCAAGGAGGGUGUUCCUAAUGCAUUCAAGAGCUUGCGUAAAAAGCCAGAGGAGCCAGAGGUUUUCGUCAGCCGUCAUGAAUUGUACACCCCAGCCGAUCUUCUAGGCUUGUACAAGGUGGUCCAGCCCAUAGAGCCAGAAAGAGACGACUCGAAAGAUCUCCUUUUAUCUGGUGGUGUUCUUUGCAUUGGAAGAGGUACUUACAAAGAGUACAUGACAGGCGUGCACGAGGGUCUUCUCGGACCUUUGGAAGCUCCAGCACCUCCACCAGAGGUGAAGAAGAUCGAAGAAGCUCUCGACACCGAAACUGCAAGCUCCGAGGCAAGCGGCACAGAGACUGCUACUGAGACUGAAAAGAAGGAAGAUACUCCCGACGAAAUUGAGGACUUUGGGCUGCACACUCGCAGAAAAGAGCUCCCGCCUGUGCCCAAGCCAUUCAUUCUGCCCGCCGAUUAUGCCAACGCCCAGUUGGCGCCAGAGCUCAACAUGAACGAGGUUGUUCUCAACGACAAAAACGUCCCCGUCUUGUUCGAGCAGCCUGUGGGUGUCUUUACCGUGCCAAAGCUUUCCGGUAUCAUGAACAUGCCCACAAAGAUCUAUAGAUACUACACCAAGAGAUACCUUGCUGCGGAAGUCGCUGAACACGCACAGAAGGUUGUCUACAGUGAGAGCCGACCAUUCCAGAACUUGGAUAGCUUCUUGGGAGCUGAGGAGGAGAUGGACUGGCCAAGAAAGUGGAUUGAGAGAGGCAAGAAGAAGAACAGUGAGUGGGUGCAGCCACUUGAGGUUGAUCCUAGAGUGAUUCUGAGGAUGAGAGUGUACAAUUUUGGAGAGACGAGCAACAAGGGCAUCAAUGUUGCUACGGACGUGGAGGAGAAGAAGAUCGAAGAGGUAAAAGUUGAGCAGCCCAAGGCGGAGGAGAAAUGA